AUGAGUACUUCAUCGGAGUCGAAGGGUGAUUUUGUUCAUUGUGCGUGUGGGUCUCUAGCACAACUCCGAACCACAAAGAAUGGAGCGAACGCAGGAAGAGAAUACUGGGGUUGUGCUCGAAAUUUCAACGACCCACAACGAUGUAAAUUCUUCAAAUGGAAUGAUUCUUCAUCCAAUAAUUUUAAUCAUUCAUUGACAACCAACAAAACACCGUAUAAUUCCGAUGCUAGAAAGAGUAAUAGUAGUAGCAAUAGCAGUAGUAGUAGUAACAACAACCACACAACCUCCUUGUCGGCAACAUCCUCUUCCGACAAUGAUCAGGCUCCUCUUUGUCCUCGGCAUCACAUUGCAUGUAUACAAAGAAGAGUCGUAAAGGAAGGACCAACGAAAGGUCGAUUGUUUUGGACAUGUACAGCAGCACAAAAUUGUUAUUUUGAAUGGUGUAGUGAAGGAACAAAACCUGCAGCUUAUUUAGAUCAUCCAUCCUCAUACCGAGGUGGUGCUUUUUCUUCAAUAACCAUAGAGUCUAACAUCAAGUUAGGUCCUCCCUAUAUCAUUACCUUUCAAAUUGUUGGAAGUAAUAUUUUACAACAAGCGAACAAACAACUCAAAGAUCGACAUGAAACACUUUCUAUUCAAAAAGACAAUUACGAUUGUAUUUUAAUGACCUUACCCAGAUUAGGACCAGUGACCAACAAGUUGGUGAAAUCACUCUAUGACUUGUUUGCAAGAGAAAAGAAAAUUACAAAAUUUAACGAUUUGGAAUUUAUUAUUCCACUCACAGAACAUGCAACUCUAAAGAAGUUAUUAUUGGAAACUCGUGUAGAUGGUGCUCAGAUAAUCAUUGUUGAUUUUCCUGAAGGUACAAAAUUACUUUUAAAUCAUUACCCAGCCAUUGAUUUAUCCAAUGUAGAUGCACUUUGUGAAGAGUUAAAUUUUAAAGAAAAAUUACCUAAAUAUGUCAAUUCAAAAUUAAGACCUUUCCAAAAACAAGGAAUUGCAUUUGCAGUGAAACGAAAUGGUAAAGUACUCUUUGGUGAUGAAAUGGGAGUAGGAAAGACACUGCAAGGUUUCUCAACCAUGUAUUACUUUAAAGAAGAUUGGCCACUUUUAAUCAUUUGUCCUGCAUCAUUGAAGCACAAUUGGGGAAAAGAAAUUGAAGAUUGGUUUAUUACAGGUGAACGUGGUGUUCAUUCAGACAUUACCACUGAGAAUAUCAAAAUUAUUGAAAAUUCAAAACAAAUACCUGAUGGUUAUAUUAAUAUCAUUUCAUAUACAGUUGCUACGAAUAUGCUUGCUGAGAAACCUCAAGAUGAGAAUGAUGAAAAUGCAAUUUUGAAUGGAGUGAAAUUCAAAUGUGUCAUUUGUGAUGAAAGUCAUUCCCUUAAAAACUCUGGAACCAAACGAUCUCAAAAAAUAGCACCCUUCUUACAAAAGGUCAAACGUCUCGUCAUGAUCACUGGAACACCUGCACUGAGUAGACCAAAGGAACUCUAUUCUCAACUCUCUCUGUUGUUGGAUCGAGAAUUUCGAUUUACAAAAUCAGCCUUUACCAUUCGAUAUUGUGAUGCUAAAGAAACUCUAAACUAUGUCGAUGAUAAUGGAAGUUCUAAUGUGAUGGAAUUAAAUUAUUUACUGAGUAGAACAGUCAUGAUUCGAAGAAGAAAAGAAUCAGUCCUAUCUGAAUUACCACCCAAACAACGACAACGAGUUUUAUUAGAUAUUGAUGCAAAAGAUUUGAAACGAAUUAAAUUUUCAGCUGAGAAAAUGAAGAGUGCCGUUGAAAAGAUGAAACAUGCCAUGACCAAAGAAGAUCAUUAUCAAAACAAUUUUGAAAAGAAUUCUGAAGUAUUUAGAAUGUAUAACAUGACAGGAGUUGCUAAAUUACCAGCUGUCAAGGAAUACAUUACAGAAAUGAUUGAGAAUACUGGAGAUUUGAAAUUUCUUGUAUUUGCCUAUCAUACAGAAGUAUUGGAUGGUAUUGAAGAAUGUGUGGCAAAGGAACUUGCCAAGUUUUAUAAAUUGAAAUUGAAAGAUUCAGAACUUGAAAAGAAGAUGAGAGGUGAUUAUUAUAUUCGAAUUGAUGGCUCGACAGAUUCGAGUAAAAGACAAACACUGGUCACGAAUUUCAAACAAAAUGGUCAUUGUCGAGUGGCCAUUCUCUCCAUUAAGGCUGCUGGUGUUGGUUAUACCAUGACUCCAUGCAGUACAGUUCUAUUUGCAGAAUUAUAUUGGACUCCAAGUGAUUUGAGACAAGCAGAAGAUCGAGUCCAUCGAAUUGGUCAACAAAAUUCUGUUCAUAUUAAAUAUUUAUUAGGAAAGGGAACAUUUGAUGAAUAUUUGUGGCCCAUGCUUCAAAGAAAGUUAGAUGUGGUUGGAAAGUCUGUGGAUGGUGAAUCACAUGUUGAUGAAAAUGUACAACAAGUAGAAUUUGAGAGAAGAGAAACAUCAUUGAAAUCUCAACAACAACGACGAAUGACUCAUAGUGAAGAAGAAGAAGAAAUAGCAGAAAUGUAUGAAAAUUUUGAAAAGAAUCAACAAGGAAAGAAGAAAUUGAUUCAUGAAGAUAGUGAUGAAGAGAAUUCUAGAAUGAGUGAUGAUGAUAACAGUGACGACUUGGAGUCUCCAAGAACCAAGAAUCAUCACUCGAAGCAAGUCACCAAUCGUAACAAGACACUCGUUCCUAUGAACAAUACAAGUAGUAGUAAUAUUACUUUGAACGUUGAUCGUAUGGUAGUAACAAAUCAUCAAGAACGUAAACGUGGACUUGAUAUUCUUCGACAAUUGAUGAAUGUACCAAAGAAUGGUGAUAUUUCAUCAUUACCACCCAAUGUUAGAGAUGCCUUGAUGAUGAGUCCUGAACAACAACCAUCAUUGAAUGAUUCAUCAAAAAUCUCUUCACAACAGUCAUCAUCUCUACUCAAAACACUUUCCUCACUCUCGACUCGAGAAGGUUCAAAAACUUUUAAUCGUUCAUUUAGAGAUGAUCAAGAAGAAGAGCAGUUUGAUGAUGAUGAUAGUAGUAGUACAAUUCUUGCAAAGAAAUCCUUAUUGAAAAAGAGAAAGUAUCGAUCAAAGAGUGACGAUGAAGAGAGUGAUGUGCCAGUGGAUGAUGCCAUCACACACCACUGCACCUCCUCUUCCUUGUUACCACAAACUCCAAAGAAACAAACAACAAGAUCGACCAUGAUGAGAACAAGUCCAUUCUUUAAGAAUAGUCAUACAUCCUCCUCUCAAAAUCGAAUCAUGACUCAACUGUAUGAUCAACAACAAGUGAAUGAUGAUCAAAGUGAAGAAACGACAUCUAACAAUCGAGUGGAAGAGACGACGAUGGAACAUGUGGAUUCACUCGUUACUCAAAAUGACUCAUCCAGUACUACUGCUACUCUAUUCAAAUUAACCAAUGCUUUCAAGAGAAGUGCACCAUCCACAACACCUUCGAAUUACACCACCAGUACUACGACCACUGUUGUCAAUCCCUCAGAUGCAACGAACAAUCUUCUAGCAACAACAAGAAAUUCAAAUAUUGUUGGGUUCGUGAACAACCUUUCAACACCUCCCUCAACGCAUCGACCAUCUCCUCGUUUAUUAAUGAAUGGAAAUUCUUUGCCAAACGUAACUACCACCACCACAACUACUCUGGCCACUCCGCAAUUUACUCGUCCUCCAAUCACAACCAGUUCCAUUCCCUCAAUACCCAGCCCAGUCGGAAAUAGUACAAAAUCAUCACCAACAAAUGGAUCAAGUUCUACAUCUUCAAACUUGGCACAACUCUUUGAAAAGUAUUCGUUCAAAAAAGAAGUUGGAACUACUAGUACUCCAUCCUCAAAUAAGACGACUCAUUCUCUUCAAGGCAAGGGAACAACUCCACAAACGAAACAAGUACCAACAUUCACACCUCCUGUGAGAGCACAUGCUUCUCCCAAUACCAGUGGUAGUAGUAGUAGCAAUAAUAAGGCAACUACCUUCAAAACUCCAUCUCAUUCAACGAUGAGCCACUCCCCAAGUAACGUUAGUAGCACUCACCCCGACUCCAAUUCCAAACAGCAGAAUCGAUUGGAACCUGAGACAAAGAAGAUCAAAACAUCGAACAAUGAAGAACAUUCUAACCACCAAGCAGCACCCCUACUUGACGAUGAUUUUAUCCUGGACGAUGAUAUUCUUCCAGAUAUCAUUUAA